CAGCUACGACAACAAGCCGAACAACCACCAAGAAAAUAACAACUGUAGCAGGUUAGUUUUGCACGGAGUUAAAACCUUGAACCGCGAGUUUAUGUAAGUUUAUUACUUUUGUUUUAGAAUCAAAAUCCACAACAUCAGAGCGAGUUAAACCAACAAGUCAAGAACCUACAAAAACAAAAACGGUAGCUGCAACAACUGGACCAACAACUAAGUCAGUUGCAGCUAGCUCGACCAAAAGAAUUUUAGCUUCAACGAAAGCAUCAGCUACGACAACAAGCCGAACAACCACCAAGAAAAUAACAACUGUAGCAGAAUCAAAAUCAACAACAUCAGAGCGAGUUAAAUCAACAAGUCAAGAACCUACAAGUUCAACAACAACACCAGCAAGAGUUACAUUAGCAAUUCAUGGAACAACAACUACUAUGAGACGUACGCUCUUUCUUUCUUUUGGCAUACUUAUAGGCCGCAUGGCGAUCGAGUAG